CGGCAAUCCACUCGACAACCUUCCUCUCUGAGAACGCGUCCCUAAGCAUUGCAAGAUCUGCUGUUCGACCAAUCACGAUGCACAGGAAGUAAUUCACGCCAUAUAUCGAGCACUCGCAGGUUUCGCCUUUGCUCUGCUCGUCUCCCCCAUCCGGUCGAGCACACCAAGCACCGCUCAUGUUUACUGAAAGCCCCGAGUACAUCAAGAGGCGGAACACCCCGUUCUCGCCACCCACUAUUACGUGGAAGGAGCUGCGUGCGGUGAUACCGCCCGAGCUGUUUCGCAAGUCGACGUUCCGCGGGAUGGUCAGCUUCGUCAAGGACGUCGCCUCCGUCGUGAUUUUGUUCGCCCUCGGCCAACGGAUCGACGGAUUUGCGGCGGAGGUUGCUGUCGCGCGUGAGCUGACUCCAGGUGUCGCGUCGGUGCUCAAGUGGACGCUGUGGUCUGCGUACUGGUACGCGCAGAGCAUUGCUAUGGCUGGCUGCUGGUGUCUCGGCCACGAGGCUGGACACCAGAACGUGUCACCGUACGGCGUAGUGAACGAUACCGUCGGGUACAUCCUCCACACCGCGCUCCUCACGCCAUACUUUGCCUGGAAGCGGUCGCACCACACUCACCACAAAACUGUGGGCUCGAUCGAGCGCGACGAAAACUACGUGCCCCGCACGAAGUCGGAACUCGGAAUCACGACGAAGGAGCAGCUGCACGAGAUGUUCGAGGAGACGCCCCUCUACACGCUCGUCCGCAUGUGCGUCAUGCAGCUUCUCGGGUUCCAGGUCUAUCUGCUCUUCAAUACCCUCGGCUCGCCGCACGACCCGGCUGGCACCAAUCACUUCUCGCCAUACUCUGUGCUGUUCAAGCCCGAGGAUUUCUGGAACAUCGUGCUCUCUGAUGCCGGGCUGGUCGUGACAUCGUCGCUGCUGAUCAAAUACGGCAUGCAGGUCGGUGCUGCCAAUCUCUUCAAGCAGUACAUCUUCCCGUACUUGGUGUGUCUCGGGUCUGCGCAGUUGCGGUUCCGCCGUCUGAUCGAGCGGCAGCUCUGCCACCACUGGAUUGUGAUGCUGACGUACCUGCACCACUCUGACCCGACGCUGCCGCACUACCGCAAGGGCCAGUGGACGUUCCUGCGCGGAUGCCUUGCGACUGUCGAUCGGCCGUUGCUUGGCUAUAUCGGCCGGCUGUACUUCCACAACGUCUCGCACGACCACAUUGGCCACCACCUCUUCACUUCUAUUCCGUACUACAACCAGCCUGAGGUGACCAAGCGCAUCAAAGCCGUGCUCGGCGUUCACUACAAUGGAGACAACACGAACACGUUCUACGCGCUCUACCGCUCGUUCACGACCUGCUGCUACAUCGAGGACGAGGGCGAUGUUGUGAUGUACAGCAACGGGAAGGGCGAGACGAUGCGGGAAGUUGUGCAGGACCCUGGCAACCGGCGCGAGAGCGAUGCGAUCCCAGACAUGCUGACUUCGCUUCACACCGCUGGUUGAUCGCGCGUGACCACCUGGACUUUAAGAGAAGGGCUCUCAACUCAAAUAUUACAUCACGCCCGGCUGUGGGUGCUUGUCGUAGACUUCAAUCAAUGAAUUUGUUGUUUCCUGUUGUGUAA